AUGUACGGAGCCCCGUGGGGCCUUUUUUUUUGCUUUUUCCACCGCGUGCAGAUUCACACAGCAUUGCACCACGACCUGAUGACACGUGGUACGAGACAUAGAUGCGUGCAUCAAAGCCACGAAUCGCCGUAUGCCGCACUGAUAGUGGCCAUGGCGAUGACGGUGACGGCAACAUCUGCUGGUCCAGCGGGGAGCUGUGUCAGAGGAGCUGCUACUUGCACUCCGCCCCUCUACAGCAGCAGCAGCCGCAUCAACACGAAUUCCUUGCUGGCGUUUGGAGCGGUCGCGAAGCCGACGAGUAGGUUUGUCUCCGGGGGAGGCCGGGAAGUUGCAGCGAAGCACCGGGUUCAGACCUUGUCGAUGAAACUAGCAGCGGCUCCGGUGCACACACCGUCGGCCCCUGGCGCCGCCUUAGGAGGAGACUCAACCGCAGUCUCUCCGUCUCACUCCUCCGUUCGCCGACGGCGUCGCCGCCGCCCGACAAGUAUUGGCGAACGCGGCGGUGGCAAUGCAGCAGAAGGUGGGGUACUCAGCGUUGGCGGCUCCAACAUCGGUAUCGAUAUUGGCACCAGCAGCAGCGAGAGCAGCCCUACCACUGUAAACGGCGGCGGCGGCGGCGGCGGCGGCAUGGAAAGCCUCGAACAAAAAAUCACGGGGAGUUCCGUGAACGGGAUACGAGGGGGCGUUACUUUCCCAGAGUCCGCAUGGGUAGGGCGUCGUCAUCCUGAAGCAGUAGGGGCUCCAGGGUUGGGUGGGUUGAGCGGCGGAAGCGCUAGCGGCGGCGGCGGCGGCUUUGCCGGCGGCGGUCUAGACGUUGGGCGUGUGCGCGGGGUGGGGGUAGUCACGGGGGGGUGGCACCCUGCGGCGGAGCCGGCCGAGGACGAGAACGACAGCUCGCACCAUGACAGCUGGAGGAAGAUGAGAGUGGAAGAGCUCAUCAAGGACCCUUUCCUGACCCCCGGGAGGAUCAACGAGAUCAUGGACCCCAACAACAUCCAGCGGCACCAGUACAACACCAACCCCGACUCGUCGUACGGGGCAGUGUUCCAGCUGGACACGCUGGUGGACGUUAUCCCGGGCCUCAUUUACCCAGCAUGGCUAGAGGUGGCGCGAGCUCUUAACCAGAACGCCCCCACUCUGCACACGGUGGAGCGGGGCUACGGCUGGACGCCGGAGCAGAUGUUCCUGCGGGAGUUCAACUGGAGGCUUACGCAGGAGGAGCUGGAGGGGGGGCUGGAGAUCUACGAGAGGACGAUCCUCCGGCAAGCCCUCAAGUACCAGCCAACGGUGCUAUCUCGGCUCCCUAGCGCCAUCGUCGACGCGGUCCUCGAGAAGACGGAACUGUCCGGCUACUUCGAGGACCAGCACAGGGUCACCGCCGAGGACGAGCCUUACGACGAUUACCGGGGGUACAUGCUGGCGGCGCUCAAGAUCCAGAGAUCGACGAUGAAGUGCUGCGCGUUCGACUGCCGGCCGGAGGGCAUGAUCAAGGCUCACGAUGCGGACCUCAGGGGCGUCUGCCGCAUAGGGGUCAUGGCGGCGUGGGAACUGCGGCUGUCGGACCUGAGCGUGGAAUCUUUCGACGACAUGAACGUGCUCAAUUUCCGGCAGAUCUUCGCUGACAGGGAGUUCGAGCCCGGCAUGUUGCAGCUGGAGGUGAGAGAUGAAGGGGCGGGACGAAGGCUGCGACAUGUUCAUCUGGGGGUGGGGGGGUG